AUGACUGCUACAAAAACGAGCACUCCACGUUCAUCUAUUCCUCUUGAUACAACUUUCAGUGACAUGUCGCGAACAAGUUCAGACCAGAACGGUUUUAGUACGUUACGUUUUUUGUCCUGUGAAGUUAGAAGUGUGAUCCGUUUUCUCGCUCAAGAAGGAGUCAUUCUCACUGAAAUUCAUCGUCGACUUGUCGAGGCAUAUGGACCAGAUGUUAUGAAUCGCCAAAACGUCACCAAAAGGGUACGAGAAUUUCGAGAAGGAAGAAUGAGUGUGCACAAUGAGGAGAGGAGCGGCCGGCCGUCUUUUGUGACCGACGAUUUCAUUCAAAAAGUCGAACAAUUCAUCCAAGAAGAUCGUUGUUUGACUCUCGACGAACUUCUCGAGAAGAAACUGAGUGCUCGUUGGGUUCCAAAAAUGCUUACGGAAGAACGUCUUCUGUUUGUGAUUGAGGCAGGAAGAAUGUUUUUAGAACGUCAUGAUGAACAAGGAGAGGAAUUCUUGGACAGUAUAGUGACAGGGGAUGAAACUUGA